AUGGGCAGCCCUGAAACCGCUAAUCCUGUCGCAACCCGCGCCAAAGGUCGCAAAUAUGGCUUCGCAUGUCUGAGCUGUAGGCGCAAGAAAAUCAAAUGCGACGGCAAUAAGCCGGCAUGUAUCAACUGCAAUAAAUCCAAAGAAUCCUGCGUUUACAGAGACAACCCCGCUUUUGUCGGCUAUCUUGCCGAUGAAGUGCGGAAAUCCAAGAUUCGGAUUCAGGAGCUGGAGAGCGUGAUUAAGGAGUUGUCAAUUUUAGACUCGAAGUCGAGACAAUCCAGGCUUGCGGCUUUGGUGGCCGAUUUGGAGCAGAGGUCGUCGUCGCCGUCGCCGGGUUCAUCGGCGUUUUUGGAGUCAGAUGAGCCUCAUGUGGGAUUGUCGGUUUCGUAUGGGGGGAGUGUAGAAUACAAUAUUGACGAGAAUGGAAGGCAACAAUACUUUGGCUUCUUCCGUGAUAUGGCCAUCGGUGGUCCCUAUUUCUCUUUGUUUCUAUUGAAUGUCAUGUUUGCUCAUGCCAUGCGACACAUGCCCGAAGAUGAUCCACGAUUCAAGCCGUUCGAUAAAGGCGAGUUUUUCAUGAAAAGAGCUAUGUUAUUAUUACUUGAUGAGAUCAAAGAGAGUAAACCAAAGAUACCGACUAUUCAGGGAUUGUUGAUUCUCGGUGGUCGGCAAUGUGCCGUAGGACUUAAUAGCGAGGGGUGGCUGUAUACUGGCAUGGCGAUCAGAAUGAUUACGGACCUUGGUCUUCAUUUGCGAAAAGGAAGAAGUGCCAUGAAAGAAUACGAGCCUGAUGAUCUUGAAGUCAGGAAACGACUGUAUCUUUCCUGCUAUGCAUGGGACAAGUAUGCAACUGUGGCCAUAUCGUAA